CGCGCCUCCGCGUCGCGCUCGAAAUCGUGUUACGAAAUGAGUUAGCCGCUAAUGCCGCUGUAGAAGAUGUAUCGAAAUUUCGCUGUUGUAUGUUUUUAAAGAUUGUCACAAAUCUACCUCGUUUUGACUGCACAAUGCACAAGUUCAACGUAAACGAUACGUUUGCCGGAAACGUGCAAACGUAACAGAAUUGCAUAAUAUCGAACCUUUGACCGUAAGGGGAAGCAGAAAUUAUGUCGCACGUGAGAACCACGUUAUCCCGUCUGCGGUGACGAUCGAGGACCUCCAGGUGAACACACGGGUGAUAAAAUGUCACAGGAGAAGCCGUGUCGUGCCUGCACGGACUUCAGAACGUGGGCGAGACGUCAAAAGGAGACUUACGACACGGAGCAGAAAACGCAGAAGAAAAAGGAAGAGACUCCAGUCACCAGCGCACGGGACGACUGUCCCCUGGACAAAGACGAGUUGGGUUCGAAGACCUGGGCCUUCCUGCACACCAUGGCUGCGUACUAUCCCGAUCGACCGACCGCGAAGCAGAAGACCGACAUGAAGAACUUCUUUUACAUAUUUUCCAACUUUUAUCCCUGUACUAUAUGCGCGGAGGAUAUGCAGGAGCAGCUGAAGCACUCACCGCCGGAAACUGGCUCGCAAGAGACGUUGAGCCAGUGGCUGUGCAGAAUUCACAACAAAGUGAACAAGAAGCUCGGGAAGCCGGAAUUCGAUUGUAAACUAGUGAAUCAGAGGUGGAGAGACGGCUGGCUCGACGGCUCCUGCGAUUGACGUGACGAAAGUGAUAGCUUCAAAUUUCCCUCCCUGGAAAAGUUCGGGACUGCAUUCUAUUGUUUUGUUAAAAUGAAAGAUAGACUCUGAGAAUCGUAGGAUGCAUUUACUAUAAAUCUCUUUGUAACAACAGGGAAAAUAAAAGGCAAUCAUUAUGGCA